ACCUGGAUUUGAGGUCUGACUUUGCCUUGGUAAGUGAGAACUGGAGCGAGUCCCUCCCUGCCCCUGGCCACACGGAGAGAGAGACACUAAGCAGACAUAUGGCGGGCGCUAGGCAAGUAGCUGUUGAGGUGGGGCGGGAACCGCGCAGCAGCAGUUUCUGGCCAUUGCUGGGGCUCAUUAAUUCUUCUAAUGCUAUAAUAAUUCCCAGUCUCCAGGGUAGCUAGCACUGGGGAAAAGCAGGCAGAUGUCAUCAUUGAGAAGGGAGUAGGUAAGAUUAUGGUGCACCCACACACACAAAGCUACAAUUAGGGGAGACUCAUGAAGUGAUGCCCUGGUUGAUGGCUUGUGGGUGGAGACCAGCCUGGAAGGGAAUACAGGAGUGCAGUGACAUGUUCUCCCUUCAUAAAACCUCACAACUCUGCAGCCAGACCGUCUUACCUGAGCUCAGAAGCUAAGCAGGUCAGCCUAGUCAGUGCCUGGAGGGGAGAAGGCGCCUGUAAGGAUUCUGCUUUACCAACAAGGUAGGCCUCCAUCCACUCAUUGCUAACUCCUGUACUGAGCACUAUGUAACGCCCCAUCUCAGGCUGAGCCGUCUAUGAUAGAACAUUUUUUGUGCAUUCAUCUCCCAGCAAGUAAGUGAUAGAGCUGGUAUCUGAACCUAGCCAGAAUGACUCUAGAGACCGUCGUACAGAUAGGCUGUCCUGGGGAGAGGCUUGGCCGGAAGGAGCCCCCUGGGGUUUCUACCAGGGCUGUGGGCUUCAAGACCCUCCUUUCACAGGUUCAUGAUGGUGUGUGCAUGGCUGCCCCUCCAAGCAGUUUGUACUAUUAUUAGUAAAAACACUGAUAAACAUGAUUAGAUCUUUUUUUGUGUGUCUUUUUCCUUUUUAUCGGUACCAGGGAUCAAACUCACGACUGCCUGCUUGCGAGGCAGGUGCUUAUGCCGCUGAGCUAAAUCCCCAGCCCCUGAUUAGAUCUAUUUUUACCAGCAGUGGUACAAACUGCUCAUACCCCUGGUGGCUCAAGUAGACAGGAACGUGUGGGCCAUCUGGAGCGUGGCUGCGUGUGUACAAUAAUAUAGUGCAGUGCACUGUAAAGCUCCUUGUCCUAAGAAAAACAAAUUUUUCUUUAUUCCUGGAUCCCAUAUUUGUGAAUUUGUUCACUUAGAUUCAUUUGUGGCCCCAGAGUCCGUACUCCCCUUGCUUUCACAGCUGUUUCCAGACAGCUGUGUGGAAGGUUUGCGUUGCCUAGCGAUACAUGGCCUCACCUGAGGUCGAAUAAGGCAAGGCUUGCCUGUAUCAGCUCAUAGUGCACAGUGUCCUCAAGGCGGCAGAUUCUCUGCGUUCCUCGCUUUGGUGACUGUCAGUGUAUCCCCCAAGCACAGUGCUGAAGCGCCUCUACAAUUCCUUAGGAAGGCCCGGCGUGUGCCCACGCCGCGGAGGAUGUCUGUUGCAGUCCUUUUGGCUGUGAGUCCGCCGUUGAUGAAUCAGCAGUAAGAAGUGAGUAAGUUGCCCUCAAACAGAAAUACGAGACAAGGCCGUGCAGCCUCAGCUGUUAGAAAUGUGGUCAGAGGCAGGCGGGAACUCAGUCCUGUUUCCCUGAGGAGCAAGGUUCAGGCUGAGUUGAUGUAGUGUCUGGUGGCUUCACAGAGCACAGCUUCUGUGGAUAAUGAGGUGUGGCUUUGUGCGGAUGGGGUGAGCGUGCAUGAGCAGCCUGAAGCACAGAGAAGCAUUUCCCAAAGCAGGGAACUGAGCCCAGCCCCUUGCCGUGAAGCUUACACUGUCUCACCUGGAGAACUGGCCACUGUGCUGCUCAUCCCAUGUGGGAUGGGGCCCACAGAUGUCACACUGUACCCCCUGCCUGCCCCCCCCCAGCCUGCUGCUUCCCAGAAGGAAGUACGUCCUCUUCCCCUCAGACCUCUCCCUUCCAUGGGCCUCACUGUCUCAGGCUGGAGAAAGCAGAGCCUUGGGCCUGAGCCAGCUGGGUGCCUCAUCUCCAGCCUGGUACAGUGUGGAUGGUCUCACUGGUUCCCCCAAGGUCCGGUUCCAUGGUUCUCCCAUGGCCCAUAGACAAGCCCUGGGAUUUCCCGUUACCAUAGACCUAGCUCCUUGUCCUCCUGCCCCCAGGCCAUUCCAGCAUCCUCUCCCCACCUAUCACCACUGGGCUCUUCCUUGCCAAGCCAGCCCCUGGGUGACAUAGCAGCCUUUCCCGGGUAGCAUUCCCAGUAUCCCUCCUGGCCCAUUCAGCCCUUAAGUGUGGGGGUGAUGAGCUUGAGUGCUGUCCUCACUGGUACCUUCUGCGUUUGUCUGAGGUUUGUCUACCCUGGAGCUCCGCACACCGAGGUCCUAUCAGCUGCUUGACUGCCACCCCUGGGUGUCUGACAGACACCUUGAACAUAGUAUAAGAAAAGGGAACUUGAACCCCAGCACCUCCCCUUGAUCUUCCCACCUUAGUGACUAUAUCGCCUUCAAUUUCUGUUUUUCUUAGUCUCCCCAUAGACCUCCAUUUAACCAAGGCCUGGACCUUGCACUCGAGAUGCCCAUCCUGUCCCCACAGUCUACACCACCAGCUUCCGUAGCCUGGUGGAUGACACCUCUUCUUCUGUUAACCCCUGUUCUCCAUGUAGCAGUCAGGAGAUACUUCACAGAUGGAAGCUGUUGUAAUCCCAGAUAUUGAGAACAGCCAUCCAAGUGGUGUAAUCCUUUUUCCAGUCUUCCUCAGAAUCCAAAAAGUUAUACUUAUAACCCCAUCGAGACAAUAUUGGAAUCCUGCAAAUUAAUUCCAAUCUACCACCUCAGUGUAACCCACGGCAAGAGUAAGAACACUGAGACAUAUUCCAAGUUAAGGGCAGCUGAGGGGUCCUAAAUCCAGUUCCCGUGAGGAUGUGAGGACAAAAGCCCUGAUUCUAGGGCUCUCCAAGAAUGUAUUAUCUUAUGAAAAGGGGGGUGGCUUCAGGAUGAGUGACAGGAUGGCGAGAACUAUGUGAGUGACUUGAGCCAGUCAGCCAGGUAGUGAGAAAAGCAUCUCUGCAAAAUGCAGAGAUAAGCAUAUGGAGAAGGAUCAAUUUGCAUAAUUCAAUUGAAGUAACAACUGAAUUGUUUUUGGAGGCUGUUGCUUCAGUUUCUGGUAUGUAAAUUUUUGUGCCCUGGGGAGUUGUAGCCUCUAUCUCCAGGCUCACACUCAGUUGAUGUUCCUGGAGCUGACUGGCUCUGUCAUCCCGCUACCAUCCUGCUGUGCUCAUUAUUUUAGAGUGUACUGUGCGAAGAAACAGCGGACUGUCUGAUGGCUUUAGAGAUUAAGUACCAGUACCUGGCUAGCCUUAUUUGCAAUGCUUCAAGCCAGUUGAAGAGAGAAAGUAAUACCAUGGUCAGGUCUACAUAGCAGUAUAAGGAAAUAAGUCUCGAUUAAUCAAAGUCACAGCAGUUGUUCUGCAUUCAUGAGGAGUCACUCAAAUUGUCUCCCACAGAAACCAGAUCUUGUCACUGCUAGUAUGGGGUCGCCAGCAGCUUCCCUGACUUGGGGUAAAAUACAAGCUGCAAAGCCCUAAUGUCUAGCACUUCCCCUCCCACCUCCCAUGCCACCCUCACCCCCACUCCUGAUGGAGUAUCUGCAUCCCCGCACCUACCUCAGAAACCCUGCUUUUGCAUCUUACUUGGCCUCAGCUGAGAUACCAGCUCUUUGGAGGCACCUCUUCACCCGUCAUUCUUUUUCCUUCUCUUCCAUACCACGUAUCAUUCAUUUACUAUCUGCCUCCCACUGUCCCAGCAGCUUCCUGAGAACCCAGGACCUUGUGUCCUGUUCUUUGCUGCAAUUCUAGUGCCACACAGUGUUUGGGACAUAGUAGGUGCUCAUUUAAAUAUCCAUUUCACAAUUGAGCAAACCCUAAGGACAGAAAGCAGGCAAGGAUGCACUUUUUUUUACUUUUUUUUUUUUUUUUUUUUUCUGGUGCCAGGGAUUGAACUCAUGACCUUGUGCUUAUCCAGCAGGCCUUUAUUCCACUGAACUAAAUCCCAAACAAGGACACUCUUUAAACCUGACAGACUGCUUAUACAGGAAGAACAGAUAGCUGCGUGUAGCUAGUUUGCAGGAGGUCACCAAAGUGAUUCAUCCCAGGCAUACACCUGUGAAGGAACCUCUUUAAAAAUCCAGAUUCCUGGGUGACGCCCCUAGAGAUCUGAUAGUUUAGGCUCAGAAUACACAUUUUAGGCAGAUAUCCUGGGAGACUCCUCCACCACCGCCUUGCAAAAUGGCUUGGAGCACAUGAAGUACUGUUACUAUUUUAAGUUUACUUCCUGUUUUGAACAUCUUCAGUCUUUGGGGAUUGAACCCAGGGCCUCUGCACUGAGUUACAUCCUCAACCCUGUUUUAUUUUGAGCUGCCAAAUUGCCCAAACAGGAGCCAGGUGUGGUGGUGCAUGCCUGUAAUGCAAUCACUUGGGAGUUUGAGGCAAGAGGAUCAUUCCCAAGUUCGAGACCAGCCUGGGCUACAAAAUGAGCUCAAGGCCAGCCUGAAUUGCAUAGUAAGACCAUCUCAAAAAAGACCAAAAAAAAAAAAAAAAAAAAGGCCAAAUUGCCCAGGCAGUGCUUAAAUUUGCACUCCUGCGUCAGCCUCCUAGAGUGCUGAGAUUAUGGGAGCACACCAUUAACAUACGUCUUGGAAAGAAAUUGUUAAAUUGAGUUAGAGAAGUGAUGUGCAUUGACUUGGACCUAGGAAUAUGGCUUGAUCCAGUCCCUACGGCUGCAUGGGAGGAGAACUGUGGAAAUUUUCCUUCGCAGAUGUGUUUCCCCUUCUCCCCUUCAGAAGUUAAUUUAUGUUUACUCUUUGGCUUGCUUGAUGAAAGUGAGAGCUACAAUUACCACACAUCAGCAGUAUUUCCAUCAGGAGUGCACUCUUGGAGAUUACCCUGGAGGGAGCGCAGGGGGGCCGUGGGUGGCUUUGCCCUUUCCAAGGUCUGCAGCAGAUACUCCUGGAACACCUGGCAGGGCUCCGCCCCAGGGAUCCCAGGGCCCGUGUCUGAUGCUCACAGGAAGUGUCCUGAGCAGGACCCAGGAAGCCCACCUCCCAGGAGCUGUGCUCUGAACAGAGCAGCGCAGGGAUUUGUACAGAGAACACACUGGAAGGGGACAAGCGGGAAGGGCAGGCAGUAGUGACAGUGGCCUGAAUCGAGGCACAUGGGGAAAAGUUGAGAAAUGUGGCAGAAUUCCCAGGACUGCAGUGGGAGAGAAGGAGUCCAGGACGAUACCAGAUCAAGUCACCCCACCUGGGUGGAUGAAGUGACAUUCCCUGAGACAGGUGGCCUGAAGGUGGAGCAGGUGUGUCAGGGUAAAAUGACAAGUUCAGCUGGGGCAUGGUGAAGUCAAGGGCCCUUGGAACUGCUGCAGAAAUGUCACCCAGGUCAGGAGGUGAGAUCCAGGCUAAAGGUGAUACUUGGGAGUCCUCAGGCUGCAUGUGGUUCUCGAAGCCAUGGGGCAGAAGAGACCAGCCAGGGAGGAGUGUAGUGAAGGAAGGACCCGGCAGGAGCUGAGGAACAUCUAGGUGACAGACCCCGGCAGCAAGAAAACAAGCAGGUCACCAAGGCAUUUCCUUUUUUUUUUUUUUUUUUUUUUUAUCAUCGGUACCGGGGAUCGAACUCACGACUGCCUGCUUGCAAGGCAGGUGCUUAUGCCGCUGAGCUAAAUCCCCAGCCCCAUCAAGGCAUUUCCUGAGAGGAAGAGACAGGGAUGACAGCCGAAAGAGCCUCUGCUUUUAGUGACACAAAUGUCCGUGCAGUGCAGGGGACUGAGGAGGUGAAGCAAUGACAACUCUGUUGAGAAAUUUGUCGUGAUGUGGGGACCGGUGAUGACAGGUUAAAGAGAAGACACAAGAGUGGCCGGAAGGGAGAAGGAUGGGUCUCAGCAAGGUCAAGAGGAAGGCUGGAGUGGGUGGGAAGCUCAGAAGAUAGACAUUAGGGUCCCCCCUUCCAUGCUGGAGCUUAAUCUCUGAAGUCUCGGGUUAACAGUAUUAGAGGUGGGGCCUCUGGGGAGCAGCUAGCUAAGGUCACUAGGGUGGCUCCUCCAUGAUUAAAACCUAGUAGCUUCAUAAGGAGAGGGAAAGACCACACAAGGGUGUCACCUGCUCCCACCAUGACCCAGUGAGCCCAGGGGUCCUCUCCAAAGCCUGGGCCAUGCUGUUGAGACUGCUUCCUCUGGAACCAGAUAAACCUUGUCUUUAUCAAGUAGCUUGUAGUACUUUGUUAUGUCAGUGGAAAGCUAAUUCAGUAACAUAGUUGCUUUAGGACUUCAGAAGGGCUGUGAGUGAUGAAAAGGGGUAGACAAGCUGGGUGAGGGUGGUGGCUCAUGCCUGUAAUCCCAGCACUCGAGAGGCUGAGGUGGGACGAUCGUUGCGAGUUCGAGACCUGGGCUACAAAGUGAGCACAAGGCCAGCCUAAACUGUAUAGUGAGACUCCGUCUCAAAAAAAGACAAAAAAAAAAAAAAAAAAGGGCUAGACAGAGGGGACACCGUAGUCAUCCUCAGUGCUAAGUGGAAGACAGGAGGGAAAGAGACCACAGCUCACACUGAACGGGGGAAUAGGAUGCACAGAUCUAGCAGGUGCUUGGCCCUGGGUGUAAACCUCCUCAAAGAACCGGUCAUUUCAAAGCCAGGAUAGCUGAGACCUUAGGAGAGGAACUGACUUGUCACCCCAGGGUUGCAGUUCAGCCCACUGUCUUGGUCCGAGGUGAGGAGGGGCGCAAGGUGUCAACACCACUUACCCCAGCCAGAAAACAAAGGGGUUGGUAACUGUAUAAUUACCACUCAGCUCCCUGUGCACCUGAACUGGACCUCCACACAUCAGUCUGUGACUACUAAAUCUUGCAACAUGGUGUUUUUGCCUCCCUCAACCUUUUUUUCCCCUAGUACUAGGGUAGAACCCAGGGUCACUGUACCCCAGCCCUUUUUAUUUGUUAAUUUUUUAUCUGAGACAGUCCUGCUAAAUCCCCGAGGCUGUGCUCAAAUUUGUAAUCAGCCUCCCCAGUUGCUGGGAUUACGCGCUGCACCAGCACACUGGGCUCGGCUCCCUCCGUGUGUCCAUGUCCAUGUGUGUGUCUGUAUAAGGUAUAAACACCCUGCCAUCCCGUCUGGUUCAGAAAGUGGUUCCGAAUGCACUGGUAAUUACAGCUGGCACUUGCUUCCACCUGGCCAUGAGGAUAACUGCUGGGGGAGACCUCACUGUGCUGGAAGGUGCUGGAAGCCUGCUGCAGGUCAGCAAAGACAGGCUUCCCGAGACUGCACCGAGCUCUAGCGCUGAAAGAUUUCCGUCUGUGAUGCAACGGCUGUCGUUUACAAAGUCUUUUCUUCCUGUUUUCAAGUUUACUUGUCACAAAUUUGAGGUUUCAAAGCCAGAAAACCAGGGCCGACGGAUUUUGGUUUCUGAAAUUUGCUUUUCUCCAGGCAUCUUUGGGAGUGGGAGGCUGUAGUCGCCCUGGGUCUCUCAGCCUGUCCUUACUUAGGGCCUAACCUGCCUCCAGGAGGGGCAAAUGGUUCCGUCUGGUUUUAAGUGUCCUCUUGGAUUAAAAGACAUCAUUCAGCUCAGCAGUGGGCUCUGUAAAGCAGCUGGAAGCCCAGAGUUAACCUGGCAUCUGCAACAUCUAUACCCUUCCCAUUGUCAAUAAACUUAUUUGGUAAAUGUGUCACGGUCCAAUGCCGUUUUGGCAGAUGGAAAAAUCCUAUGUAGGGCACGCAGCGAGGACUCGGAGGGGCCGUCUGGCAGCGAUGGGUUCCUAUGAGCCCAUUCGUCACUUGGUGAAUUAUUCAUGUACACUUCCUGGAAAGAAAGUUCCUGCUUGAAUAUCUCAGUUGUAAGCCGCAGAGUUCACCAGCGAGGGUGAGAGGCUGUCUGCAGUUGCGGCUGAGGUACGCGUCUCCAAGUGCAGGAUUAGGUCCCGGGAUCCCAGAGCCUGGGAAUAGGUGUGGCCAGGCCGAGCCUUGCCCUCCACCCCUCUCCCAGCCCACCCUCCACAGGCGGAGGACGGAUGCGGGCACCCGGCGCUCUCCUUCUGUACUCAACCCACUCACCCACCGGGGGCCCAGCAGGGGUGGCCAUGCCGGUCUUUGCUGCUCUGACCUAGAGUUAGAAAGCCCAGCUCGCGGUUCAGCGACCCGGACCGUUGCAUCCCAGCCUCGCUGCUUCCGCGCUCCGGCUCCGGGAAGAAGAGCGUGCCAGACAAAUAUCUUAGGCGCAUCGCCCUGGGUGGUCCCGACAAGCAACGGGAUCUGGGGAGCUGAGGGGGGGGAGGAGCCCAGCUCUUCGUGGCCCAACGGGUCACGUGGCUCGCAGCACCCCCAGGAGCUGUCACGUGACGGCGGCGCGCGGGUUGCCUUGGCAGCGGCUGGGGGCAGGGCUGAGGCGAGCCCGGAGGUGGGGACCCGCGCACCGGGCGGAAGGAGGGAGGGGGCCGCGGUCUGCGCCCCGGCCGGGCCACUGGGCCACAGGGCCGCACCAUCGCCUGCUCCGCGCCCCAAGCCAAAGCCUGCGCGGCAACGAAUGCUCGGGUGAGUGCUCCAAGCGGAUGCGUCCACCCCUCCCUCAGCCGCAGAGAAGCCGCCCAGCUCCCACCAUGAGCGCCGAGCUCAGCGUGCCUGCAGACCCCUCCACUGCUCGCCCAGAGCCUGGCCACAAGGGCAUGGAUUACCGGGACUGGGUCCGCCGUAGCUACCUGGAGCUGGUCACCUCCAACCACCACUCAGUGCAGGCCCUGUCCUGGAGGAAGCUGUACCUGAGCAGGGCCAAACUGAAGGCCUCCAGCCGGACGUCGGCCCUCCUUUCCGGUUUCGCCAUGGUGGCCAUGGUGGAGGUGCAGCUGGAGACGCAGUACCAGUACCCAAGGCCCCUGCUCAUCGCCUUUAGCGCCUGCACCACAGUGCUGGUGGCUGUGCAUCUGUUCGCCCUCCUCAUCAGCACCUGCAUCCUGCCCAAUGUGGAGGCCGUGAGCAACAUCCACAACCUCAACUCCAUCAGCGAGUCUCCGCACGAGCGGAUGCAUCCCUACAUUGAGUUGGCCUGGGGCUUCUCCACCGUGCUCGGCAUCCUGCUUUUCCUGGCUGAGGUGGUACUGCUCUGCUGGAUCAAGUUCCUCCCUGUAGAUGCCAGGCACCAACCUGGCCAUGAGUCCAGCACCCACACGGGGUGGCAGGCUGCCCUGGUGUCCACCAUCAUCAUGGUGCCUGUGGGCCUCAUCUUCGUGGUCUUCACCAUCCACUUCUACCGCUCGCUGGUGCGCCACAAGACCGAGCGCCACAACCGCGAGAUCGAGGAGCUACACAAGCUCAAGGUGCAGCUGGAUGGGCAGGAGCGCAGCCUGCAGGUGGUGUGAGGGACCGGGGGCCCAGGAAGGCAGACGGUGCAGCAGGCUGCUUAGACACUGCCAGACGUUCCAAGGCCAAAGUGUCCUCCUGUCAUAGUGCCAUAAUAAGCUGGACGCUGGUCCCUGGGACCAUGGAGCUCCAGUGAUGCAGGGGUUCUGUGGCUAAGAGCCACCUCCUUGGCCCUUGGCACUUCCUGGGUUGGGGGCAAGCCCAAGAGGCACUGUCCCAGUAAGGGCUGCAGGCAGCACCAGUGUUCAAGGGGAUCCGAGAGUGCAGGCCUCUGUGGUGUGGACCUGGGGCUGUGAGUUCAAGGUUUUGUACCCAGCAUGCAGAACUGGGCUUUGUGGCUGCCUACUGAGGUGCAAGCCCAUGGGAUUAGCAAGGCUGCUGGUGUGGUUUGGUGCUCUCUUCCCAGCCGUAGAGGGAGCUGGGUCACCUGGCCUACAGGAUGAAGGCAGGAACCCGGGGCACAGUCAGCUUCAGAGUGUGGUGGGUGCCAGGUGGGUGCAUCAGAAUUGUCAACCCCUGUGGGAGGUUCCCUGGAAGGGAAGCCUGGCUGAGGCUGAAGAGGCUUAGUUGAGGGAUGCCCCAAAGCUCACCAGGCUCAGAUCUCCCUCUGCAGCCAGUGGAGCCUCUGACUCACCAAGCCACCAGGUGGGGAAGUGACCACAGUCCAGGGUGACCUCCUCUGAGCCUAAGCCUCCACCCCACUGGGCUGCGUGAACAGCAGGGCAGAACACCUGCCCGGCUCCCUGCUGCCUGAGGGCCAUAGUGCCAAGAGCAGACAGCUUCCCCUCAGCAUUGCUGCUGGCCAGGCCCAACGUUCAUCAUGACCUCGAGCACUGCAGGGUCCCACACCGUUUACACAGCUGUGCGGCAGGGCUGUGGCACUGUCCCUGAGCACCUGGCAUCUGGCAGACCUGAGGCUGUGUGGGAACGUGCUACACCACGAGCUACUCCAAGAUCGUGUUUACCUGGGUUUUCAGAGGUCACCUGCAAACAGUUGUGUCAGUUCUUUGCGCUCCACUUAACCUAACAGCUUACUGUCUCUGUGAUGUCUGGACUGAGUGCCAGGGGACCUUGGGUGGCCUUGUUGAGGUCUCUGGAAGUGGGACAUGCCAUGACGAUGUAAACCUUAGCACAUGGGGAGAUGUAGCGCCAACCUCCCCUGUGAGUUGUGCCAUCUGGCAGGAGCCCUGCCAUCCGGUGCCCUGGGGCCAGAGCCCUGUAUGUUCUGGGGCAGGUCCUGCACCUCCCUAGAGGACAUUUGUGUAGGACCAUUGCCUUCUGACUCGUGUCUGCUUUCCUGGAGCUUUGUCGAAGGCUUGUCUCCUUUAAGGUAUGCUUUGGUAAAGAAUGUCACUAUCACUCAGGACAGCUGCUCAUGUCCUGGCAAGAGCGAGAUAGGCCCUUCUAAAUGAGCAGCUCGUGGCUGGGAGGGAACAGAGGGCCCUUCCUCCAGGCAGAGCCUUUGGAGGAGAGCCACACUGGACACACUCCUGCCACCCACUUCCCAAGGCCAUCUGGUGCUCCUGCCCACAGUGCCCACUUCCACAGACUGUGCCAGCACAGAGCUAGGGAUUACACACAGGAUCAGCCCCAGGUAGCGGGUGCCUGGUGACAGUGCCGCAGUAGCAGACAGAGUCCCGAUGAUCUCAUGCUCCCAGCUCUGGCCUUGCAUGUUCUGAGCAUGGGACAGUUAGUCUACAGGAACAGAAGCACAGUGCUCAUAGGGAACCUUGGGCCACACUAGCUGGAAGGCAAACUGCCCUUGGGAGGGGCAGACAAUUCACUGGGACAGCCUGGGGGAUGGGAAGGCCACAUGCAGGCUGGAGACGCAGCUUCUGGAGGUGUGACCUGAUUUUGCAGUGGGAGGCACAGCGUCCUCAUUUCAUCUCUGCAGCCCAGAGUCUUUAUCAGCUUUGGCUCAGGACUCACCUGAGGAGGGCACCUGCCUGUGCCAUUGAGCUUACGUGCAGGACAUGGCACAGGUGGCAAACAUAACUCCUGUCCUGUGUGUGGGUUUCUAACAGCUGCCCAGGACUGAACUGAAUAAAGCAGUAAAGCUCUUCAA